AUGGAAGUGCCGCCCGGCUUCAGCGACCACGACUUCAGGUCAAGCAGUGGCACCGACCUCGGCGUCCGAGUCUGGCCUGCCGACCCCCCCGUCUCAGGCCCCGCCCCAUUCGUCGUAUGGACGCACGGCGGUGGCUGGUUAGGGGGAUAUCAUUUUGUGCCCCUCCCAUGGAUGGUGCCGGGCUGGCGCCAGCGCGGCUACCACCUGGUCUCGCACAACUACCGCCUCGGACCCCAGACCCGCCUCGACGACCAGCUCGCCGACUCCCUUGAGGCCGUCGCCUGGUGCCGGGCCAACCUGCAGUCCAUCCUCGGCCCAUCCGCUGUCGACGUCAACCGCUAUGUCCUGUGCGGCGAGUCUGCCGGCGGCCACCUCGUCACCCUGAUGGCCCUGCACCUGCCCGACCCCCAGCCGAGGGCCGUGGUUGACGUCUACGGUCUCGUCGAUUUCCUUGCCUUCCAAGUCCUCGGCGCGCCGCCUCAGGAUGACGCAGCAACGGGUCUAGCGCCCUGGGACGGCGAGUUCUCCGAGGAAGAGCUCGAAGUCUUCCUCGGCGACCGCGACCCUGCCAAGAUCCUAACCGACGCCCUCCCCUGGGCCGUGACGGACGUGUCCGAGGACGAGUUGAGCAGGCGCUGGGGCACCGACUUCCGCUUCUCGCGGCGCAUCCGCCUGCAGACCGAGGCGCACAUGUACCGCUCCCUCCGCCGCAAGGGGACUGGCUUGCUUAAAGCGGUCAUGCACCCCGAGAAGUUCGCCACGGAGGAGGAGCUCACCGCCUUUGUCCACUCCAUGUCGCCGUUCCGGGUGUUGCAAGACGAAGCGGCCAAGGGCCGCAAGACCUACCCUCCCACGGCGUUUCUACACGGCAGCGGCGAUACGGACGUGCCCAUCGAGCAGAGCUACGCCCUGGCCGCGAAACUCAAGGAGAUGGGCGUGCCCGUCAUUGAGCGCUACGAGGACGGCGAGCCCCACGUCUUUGACCAGAAGUACACGAGUCCCGAAGUUCCAGGAUGGGACACGACUAUCCAGCCCAUUCUCGAGUUUGUAGACAAGCACACCGGGCAUAACGUCGUGUAG